AUGAUUUGCAUUUAUAAAAGCACAAAUUAAAUUGGGGAUGAUGGAACGUUAACUAUUGGUGCAGCACUUGGUAACUGCAAGUUCCUAACUAAUCUCAAAUUUUACAUUUGGGGCAAUAAAAUCGGUGAUAAAGGAGCAUAAAAUAUUGGAUUAGGUUUGAGUAACUGCAUUCAACUUACAAAUUUAGAAUUUGGCAUAGGCACAAAUUAAAUUGGGGAUGAUGGAGCUUCUACUAUUGGUGCAGCACUUGGUAACUGCAAGUUCCUAACUAAUCUCAAAUUUUACAUUUCGGAAAACAAAAUCGGUGAUAAAGGAGCAUAAAAUAUUGGAUUAGGUUUGAGUAACUGCACUCAACUUACAAAUUUAGAAUUUGACAUAAGCACAAAUUAAAUUGGGGAUGAUGGAACGUUAACUAUUGGUGCAGCACUUGGUAACUGCAAGUUCCUAACUAAUCUCAAAUUUUACAUUUCGGGCAAUAAAAUCGGUGAUAAAGGAGCAUAAAAUAUUGGAUUAGGUUUGAGUAACUGCACUCAACUUACAAAUUUAGAAUUUGACAUAAGCACAAAUUAAAUUGGGGAUGAUGGAGCUUCUACUAUUGGUGCAGCACUUGGUAACUGCAAGUUCCUAACUAAUCUCAAAUUUUACAUUAGGGGCAAUAAAAUCGGUGAUAAAGGAGCAUAAAAUAUUGGAUUAGGUUUGAGUAACUUCACUCAACUUACAAAUUUAGAAUUUGUCAUAGACACAAAUUAAAUUGGGGAUGAUGGAGCUUCUACUAUUGGUAAAGCACUCGGUAACUGCAAGUUCCUAACUAAUCUCUUAUUUUACAUUUGGGAAAACAAAAUCGGUGAUAAAGGAGCAUAAAAUAUUGGAUUAGGUUUGAGUAACUGCACUCAACUUACAAAUUUAGAAUUUGGGAUACGCACAAAUUAAAUUGGGGAUGAUGGAGCUUCUACUAUUGGUGCAGCACUUGGUAACUGCAAGUUCCUAACUAAUCUCAAAUUUUACAUUUCGGGCAAUAAAAUCGGUGAUAAAGGAGCAUAAAAUAUUGGAUUAGGUUUGAGUAACUGCAUUCAACUAACAAAUUUAAUUUUUAGCUCAGAUAAUAAUGAGGAGUUUCUAAAAUCAAGAGAAAUUAUCAAUUGUAAAAAUAUAAAGUUAUUGAAUAUAAAAACAUUGCCAGAAUAAAGAAAUAGAGAAAUCAAAAGAUUAUCUUAAAAAAUAAAAAGAUUAGUAAAAUUAAAUAUUGAUUGA